AUGUCGCGUAAUAAAAGAAAAGGUAAAGGUACUGGUCCAAGCGAAGGGUCUCGCAAUACUCCUAAUGUCAAUCUUAAGCCUCGGAGAACACCACGAAAUAAUGGUAAUUCUCCUCAAGGCAGCGGAGGGCGUGGUCACGGACACGAUUUUGGAGUAUCUAACGAAGAAAUAGAACGAGUUAAUGCUAGACAACAUAACGCUCUUUUGGAAAAUUUACAAUCCUCUGCGCUUUCAUAUGAUGGAAGUGACAAGCUUGUUUUCCUUUCUAGUAAUAAUUUGGAGGGUGCGUGGCGUAACUUGAUCAGAAAAGAAUUCCGCGAUCAACGAAUGAUUAAAUACUUCAUCACGUCAUGUUUGUUGGAUGCUGAUAAACAGACUGGUGUGGCAAUAGAAACUCUCGUAGAACAAUUGGGAAAUCCUAAAUUGGGCAUUCUUCGAUUACGAGAGAUUUGUCAGUACAAAAUAUCUGUUGAUGCUGGAUUCAAAAAAGAUACUGCUUCAUUUCAAAGU